UAGGUUGUCGCUUCGACCAGUGAAAACCCAAUGGACCAGCUGAAUCGCUUGUCACAGUACCAACACCAGCAGCAGCAUCAAACACCAGCUCGUUUUCCAAAGUGGUUUUCUCCUAAUAUCCUCAAGUAUUAUCUUCUCAUUCAUGAUGUUACAGUUGGAGACCUCGCUAAGUCAGAGCAGAUUUUUGAACAGAUGUGUAGCAUGUAUGGCAGCAACAAUUGCCACUUGUUGCAAAUUAACUCUCGGGCUACAGAUCAGAUGGAUGUUCAUUUGCCUGAUCCUUGGACUCAAUUCCUAAUUCAGAGGGCAUCUAUUGACCCCAGUGGAGGGAGCAGCUCUGAAGCAAGCAGUGGCACUGGCACACCUCGUGAAGAUGUGAGUUGCCUUCCGUCUCGUGUCACAGAGGGAGAUACUACUGACUGCUGUGAACCAAUAAGAAAAAAAUGGUACUUUGAUGUAAUGCCUGCUGUGGAGAUUUCAUCUGAUGUGCCUGUAAUGGUGAACAAACCAACACUGCCAACUGGAACUACCCACCAUGGAGGCUGCUUGACUUCCUCAGAUGUGGACCGAAUACGAAUCUUUGUCCAUGAAUUCUGUGUGCGGUCACUGAUCCCCCAUGUGGAGCGGCAGAUCAGGUACUUGAACGAAGUGGUGACCAACAGAUCUCGUUCCAAAUCCCUCUUGAGUGCCACAGACGCUGGAUGGGGCAAUAAGAGCCCAGGUGCUGCUACAAACUCCGUCAUCUACAGCCCUGAGGCAACAGAGCUACAGACAAGGAGACUUGGGGACCUGUGCUUUAUGUUUGGCCUCUAUGAACUGGCAUAUAAUUCAUUCCACACAGCCAAAAAUGACUUCAAAAGUGAUCAGGCAUGGCUGUAUUUUGCUGGUGCACAAGAGAUGGCUGCACUGGCAGCCUUCAUGCACAACAGUGCGGAUUAUCCAAAACGUUAUUUAGAGAGCAGUUUACAGACAUACUUGAGUGUUUGCAAGGUGUACAACUUUGCCAUUCGAUCAACUUUGUUGAGACACAGAGGUCCUAAAACACUGUUGGUGAUGAAUGGAGAAGCUGCAAUGAUGUUUAUUAAACUGAUAGAGGAAAGUGACCUUUUAUCCGCCCUUAUGCUAGACGCAGCUCAUUGCUUCAUCAAUGCCAGAAGACCUCUCCCAAGAAAGUAUGCAUUCCACAUGACUCUGGGGCAUCGGUUUGGUAAAGCAGGGCAACGGUCUCACUCGUUACGAGCAUAUAAACAGGCUUUUUCAGUCUCAGCGGCCAUGAAUAUGGUGUGCAGCAUAGAAAUGGUGUCCUCCUUGGAGCCAGCAUUCUUCCAGUUAUGGCUUACACCCAUUACAUUCCACAUUCGUUUAUUGAUGGGAAUAAUCAAGUUUGUGUCACCCGGCCCAUGGCCAGAUGACCUGGCUCUCAACUCAGAUUUUUCCAUGACAGGACUAUACAAGAGUGGAAAAGCAUUUAACUACUAUUUCAUCCCACAGAUCUAUGCAACUCGUGGCUGGGUACUCGCUGAAGACCACAUUCACUUCACCUUGGGCAAACAAGCCCACCAUCUGAAGCAGCUGACAGAGGGACUGGCUGCAUACAACAGCUUGGUGGACCAGCGAACCAAGCAGGCUGCUCCUAGUCAGCAAUCCCCUACUCAACAGAUGACCUAUAUCCGAGAGUUCAUAAACACAUACCACCAGUACAUCCAGCAGGAAUGGGACUCAGCAUCAGGGCUGCCUUGUCUUCCACUACCUCUGAUAGAUUCCCAAGCGACAACCAUCCUAUUGGGGUCCCCUCAAGAGGCACCUACAAGCCCUGGCUGGACUGCAGCCUCACAUGUAUCUCUGGACAGUGGGGCCAUUGCUAAUGAUAGAUGGUUUGCCCUGGAGAGGGAGCUGGUUACAGAGACUCAGGGCACACUACCCAUUGUAUUUAGGCCAAAUUUACAAUUGCUUAAUAAGGAUACUCCAAAUACACAGAGUCCCAUGGUUCCUGUAAAUGAGCCUGUUCUAGUUGAACUGAUCAUGAGCAAUCCUCUGGCAGUAAGUCUGAUGAUUACUGAUGUUCAGUUAGUGUUCACUUUCAAAGCAUCUGGUGAUCAGGAAAUGGCUAGUGAUCCUCAAGUCAAACAUUCAAUGUUUAAGGGAUUCAAUCUCCCUGCUGGUGCUCAAGAAAAAGUAAGAUUAGAGCUGUAUCCUGCAUGCACUGGCCAGAUCCUUAUCACUGGGGUUCAGUACAAACUCUCCCUGACCCCUGACCUAGUUGCAGCACCUCCUCCAGGAUCAACAGCAGUGCCUGUUGUCAUUGAAGGCCAGCAAGCCAUCGAGGUCAAGGGACCCCGGCUCAAUAGCACAGCAGCUGAGAAGUGCAAUGUUGUUUAUGCCAGUGAUAAAAGACUAGAGAUAACUGUGGUUCCUCCACUGGCAAGGCUUAGUGUGAUAUUUAAUAAUUUGCCACAUAUUCUCAGUUGUGGUGAGCUUCAUAGUGCCGAUGUAGCGAUAACGAAUACAGGACCUUGUGCGAUAUCGAAACUUUUACUAGCCAUUUCAGACCCUAACCACAUUUACCUCUCAACCACGGAAUCAGCAUUAGAGGACAAGCAUGUACUCACCCUGAAUGAGUCUGAGAGUGUUGAAAGCAGAGUCACCAAACGUGUUCAGCCAGUUACCCUGCAAGAUGGAGUGCUCAAACCCGGUGACACCAUACGAGGAAAGCUCUGGCUUCAUGCACCUUCAUUGCCAGGUGCAUUUGAUGUAGAAUUGCUCUUCUACCUAGAAACUCAGAACACAACAGGAAAGGGAAGGUACCGCUUGUUGAGACAUUUUACCAGCGUUUAUGUGGAGAGAAGUCUUAGUCUAAAGGUAUCAUCAUUAAUAAGCCAGUCAUUGAACAAAUCAAUUAGCAACCAAAACAGUGAAGAAACUAAGAACACACAUACUGCCAAUGUCGUUGUUGAGGCUGUGAAUAACUCAGAGGUUGACAGUGCUUGUGGAACUUACACCGUCAUGGGUGUCAGUAGUAACAGCAAGAAGUGGGCAAUCAUACCCCAUUCUUCAUUACCAGAUAACUCGUAUACCCCUGGCUGUCCUUCCAUUUUAAAUUCAGAGCAAGUACUGGGCUAUGGAGAAAGCUGCCACCUUUGUGUCAAGUGCAUUCAGCAACAGAACCCCAGUGCUAAAAAACUAGUCUUCUCACAAGUACCAUUCAGUAAAAGCCAAAUUCCAAUGAGUUCUUGGUGGCGUUUCACCUUAAGAGAACGGAUUAAACUCCUGGAACUUUUGGCUGACCCUCCGCCGCCAAGUCCAACGGCUGAUCACAUUCCUCCACCCCCAACUCAGGCUCAGAAGGACACAGAACACAUCCUUAGUACCAACAGUAUAGAUAUGGUUCUUACUGUCUUGUGGAAGGGGGAACGAGGAGGCCACACCAUCUGGGGACAGCACAGCAUCUACCUUGAGAAUCUGGGUAACAGUGCAAGCAUACCCCAAUCACCAGUCAUCCUUACAGGGGAAGAAGAAAAGCCUCCUGUGAGAAUCAUCCCAGAAACCCCUCCUUCACCAAUACAGUCCCCUGUCCCCCCACCGUCUCAGCAGAAACAUCUUGUCAAAGUUGCUGCUGAUUUUCCUCAGGGGAUGGAACAUGAUUUUCUGGCCAAUAGCAGAUUAUGCUGCCUUGAGUUUGUGUUGCUCUUGUAUAAUUGCACUGCAUGUCAGCUGUCAGCCCAUCUCAACCUUUGUCCAGAAGGCAUAUCAAACAGCAAUGGAAAUUCAAGCAGCCACAUGUACUCCCCUCAAGCAAGUACUAGGCUCCUUUAUGUGGGAGGAACUGUGAGAAAGAUUUCCUUGGUGCCUUGGGGAUGCAGCAAAGUUCCUGUACGUGCUCUGGUCACCACCCCUGGGACAUACAGUCUUGGAAACUUCACUUUAACUGCUCUUCGGUCUCAUGCCACAGUUUCAGAGUCCCCUGUUGUCCAGAACUGUCAGUUACAGACAGCUGUUACAGUCAGACAGGCAGUAAGAGUUGAUCAUCAUCAUCACAACACAUGAUGUUCUCAUAUUACGGAUGAAAGUUGACUAAUUUUAUUUUUUCUUUCUUUCUUUUUUUAUUUUAGGUGAUUUGUCAAAUGAAAUACUAGUGCCUGUGUCCUAAUGCUUGCAUAUUAGCCAAUACAGCAUAUAAAUUUUGAAACUCAGUGCCCCAGCCCUUUUCAACAUUCCUCUGCUCAUGCUGUAUCGCAGCUGCUCUGGGAUGUGGUUUCACUGUAUUAGAACUUCUUAGACAAGAAAAGAAAAAAAUACACACAGUUAGAAAUUACAUACCCAUUUCACAAAAAAUGCAUAAAUAAGAAAAUGGUAAUUUUGUUAAAAACUGUUGGUUUUAUAAUUAAAGUUGAUCAGCUGCGUAUGGGUAGGUUUCGUAAGCUCUAAGUAAAUAGUUAUGUGCGCUGAGAGUUUUAUUUAAUUUUAAAGGAAUCAGGUUUCCCAGAUCUGAAAGUUGGUAAUUAAUUUGUUGAAUAUCUAUGUAUUUUUUUUAUUAUUAUUAUUAUUAUUAUUAUGAUUAUUGAUAGAAUGCAUUAGAUUUAGAUAAUUUACUCAAGUAUGGUAGGUAAAAGAGUAUUUGUUUUAUUUGGCAACAGAUUUUUUGCAACUUGCCAUAAGAAUAAUGAAUAUUAUAUGGUGCAUUAUAUCUUCUGAGAGAAAGGAUUUAUUUAUUAUUAUUUUAUUGUUGUUUUUUUCCCCCUGCAUUAUGAUUUCAUUGUUCAGGAAAGAGUGAUGUGUUCGUGUUUGAACUGCAUGAUGAGUGCCUUCAGAAUUGUGUGAGAAUGUUUAUUUAUAACUACCUGGAUGUUAUUUUGUUAGACUUUUAUCUCAGAAAACAGUGGUGAAUAAUUAUACUAGUCAGCAAAUGUUGUUAAAAGGAUGAAGAAAAUGUUUAUGAUAUAUAAAAAAUGGAAAUGCAGAUGUAAGUAUAUAGGAAAGGUGCAAAACAUGUUAUUGUCUUUUUUCCCAUUCUUAGUUGGUAAUUUUUAGUGUGAAUAUAUAGCAAAACAGUAGAACUUUGGGAUAUAACUGAAAAUUAUUUUGUGCCAAAAAGGGAAAGGUUAAUAUAUACAGUAAGCAACUGGUCUUGAAGAAUAUGUAAUGAUGUUCCUUUUUGUACUCAUUUCAGUGCAUUCCAGAGGGACAUACAAUCAGAAAAUGCAUAUGUAAAAAACUAAGAUAAAUUCAGAUUCACAAUGCCACAGAAUCUAGGCUUCAAUACUCCUGUUUUACAUGUGUCAUUUUUAUAUUAUGUGGAUAGUAUAUACUUCUUAAUGAUAUUACAGUUGAAAAAGUUUAUUGGUAAAGUUUUGUUCUGAUGAGAAAGAAUCACUUUACGAAAGUAUGCUGUGAUGUUUUUAGUACACAUUUUCUUGAGUAUUCUUGAGGAGGAAGAAUACUCACUAUUGGAAUUAAUGUAAUUUUCAGUAAUAAACAACAUGGAUGGCCAAUAUUAGAAGUGUUUUUUUGAAAUAUCAAUACAAUUUUUGACACAUUUAUUUUAGGGUUCAUAUGUAAAUGAAAUCAGAAUCCUUGCAUUACAGUGUUAGGAACUCAGAAAUAUGAAAAAAUAUAUAUGCACUGGAAUUUCAUUAUGAUAAUUUUUAUUUAGGGGAAUAACAAUAUCUCAUAAUGAAUUUUAAGGCAGUAAUGCUGAUUUGAAGAACAUUAUAUGGAGAUUAAAUUAUAAUUUGGUAACCUGAAAGGAGUGCAGGAAGCUUGAAAUCUUCGAAUUUCACUUUAUAUUGAGACAGCUAUAACUACAAAACUUGGUAUCAUGGAGAACUGAUACAAAUGGUAAACUUAAUUAGAAAAUCACCAACCAUUUUCAUAAUGUUUUAAAAUAUGGGGACUAUUUGGGUACUGAGGACAUAUAGAACCUGAAGACAAAUCUCUCAGUUGGUAAAACAUUAGCAAGCCAUGUGAUUACUUAAAGUAAAGAAAGUGAUUGCAGAGUAUUAAACUUAAUAACUGUUGUUUGUUAUUUCUUUUCUUUCUUUUCCUUUUUCUUCCUAUUCUUUGUUUAACAGAGGUCUUGUUUAGUUAAAAAAUUGUAGCACUUUAAAUCUGAUUAUUUAGUGGAAGCAAACAAUGUUUUCUUAAUUAUUUAAUAUUCUUCAAAGACAAGUACGCUGAAUGCAUGCAGUUUGAACUUUCAGUUAGGUCUUGAGUCAGGACUAUUUGCAGAUAUCUAAACCUGUACACAAAUUUCAAGGAUAAAACACUCAGUGAUAAAUUGGAAACUUGAACUGUUCAGUGGAAUGGCUUGAUGUUCAAGAAUGGUUCAGUGUUGCUCAGCCUGGUUGUGCUGUGUUUAAUUCCUUUGUAUUUUUUAAAAUAUAUUUGGACAUAAUGGUGAAGUUAACAGUUUUCUUAAAUGAAUAAUUCUGAAAAUAAGAUCUUGGAAGAUCUAUAAAACAUCAAUUCCAGUGGUCGCACUUGUAUGUACUUUUAGAAGUAUGGUAGUAUUAUCUGCUAUGCACAUAGAGCAUCUGUACUAGUUAAAAACAUGUCACUUAUCAUGUUUGAGCAUACAUUAGUGUGUUCCACUCAUUGCUCUUUAGUGUAAAGGAACUUUUUUUUAUAUGUACAGAAUAUAUUAAACAUUUUUAGGAAAACUUCCCUUUUUUAAAUCUGUAUCCAUUCCAUCUUCCUAAAAUGGAGAUUAUGCAAAUUGUUAUGAAUAUAUGUAAAUAAUAUAAUGGACCUUGAAGUUAUGAAACCAUUAUAUAUAUAUGAAUAUAUAGGCAGUAUAUAUAUAUGUAAAGUGUGUAAUACAAUUUUGUGGAAAACUGUGUCUGCAAUUGAUUACAUUUUGGGACCUUUGAAAUAAAGUGUUUAUGUUCAUUUUCUCU